AUGGAAUCAGUAAAGUGUGUUAUUGUUGGCGAUGGUGAGGUAGGAAAGACAUGUUUAUUAAUGACUUAUUCGACAGAUAAUUUCCCUGGUGAAUAUAUUCCUACCGUAUUUGAUAAUUUUUCAAAGAAUCUCAUGAUUAAUGACAAAGUUAUUAGCCUUGGUUUAUGGGAUACCGCUGGACAAGCUGAAUAUAGUAAGCUGAGAGCGAUUUCUUACGAUCAAGCUGAUUUGUUUAUAAUUUGUUUUUCUACGGUAAAUCCUCAUUCUUUUGACAAUGUGCGCGAUGUAUGGUAUUCAGAAGUUAGGCGCUAUUCACCUAAUACCCCUAAAAUAUUAGUUGGCACAAAAACAGAUCUCCGAGAAGAUAUCAACGUACUCAAGGAAUUGAAAAAAAUAAACAGCAGGCCCAUCUAUCGCAGUACAGGUCUAAAAUUAGCUAGAGCUAUUGGUGCUAUUCGAUAUUUUGAAUGUUCUUCCUUUAAUCGUCAUGGCCUAAAGGAAAUUUUCGAAGAAGCGACGAAACUCGUUUUAAUUCGACGAAAGCUAUGGCCGAAGAAAAAAAAUUGCUGCCAAAUUCUGUAA